ACCGGCCCUGCCCCUGCCCCUGCCCCUGCCCCGCCCGCCUUGCCUGUUGUUAUCAUCAUCGUCUCAUCAUCCUCCCGUGUCGAUCUGCUCCCCCCCAAACACACGGACGCAAGAAUCAAUCAAUCACACACCACCCUUCCCUCGGUCUUGGAGAGAGAAAAGUCCCCCCCCCCCCCCCCACCCCUCUCUCUCUCUCUUCCCCACCAGCGCCGAUGGAUCUCCUCCUCCCGCACUAGGCCGCACGACCGGGGAGUGGGGACGGGAUGGAGCUCGGGCGGAGGCUGUGGCUGCUGCUGCUGCUGCUUCUCGGCCUCGCGGCCUUCGCCGUCGCCGUGGUGGAAGCCUCCGAGGGCGACGCUGAUCCGCUCUACAAAGCUUGUGUUGAAGAAUGUCAAAGGACGGGUUCCCUGAAGGAGACUUCUGUUAAACACUGUAUGGUGCCAACUAAUGGCCAGCCUGCUGAUAAAUCAUGGUACACACAUGAGCCUUUGUACUUGCAAUGGAAAGAGUGGAACUGCAAGAGUGAAUGCAGGUACCACUGUAUGAUGGAAAGGGAAAAUGAAAGGAAAGAGCUUAGCCUACAGCCGGUUAAGUAUCAUGGCAAAUGGCCUUUGCAGCGUGCUUCCGUGUUUCAGGAACCUUUAUCUGCUGCUCUCUCUGCUCUCACUCUUGUUGUGCAAUUUAAUGGGUGGCUAUCAUUUUUCCUGUUGCUUUAUUACAAGCUACCUCUAAGGCCAGUAACUCAUAAGACAUACUAUGAAUAUACUAGUUUGUGGCACAUUUAUGGGCUCCUAGCCAUGAAUUCGUGGUUCUGGAGGUUCAUAUAUCACAGUUGUGAUACCAUUUGGACAGAGAAGCUAUAUUUUUCAUCAGCUGCUGCCUUUCUGGGUUACUCUCUCAUUUUGGCGAUACUGCGGACUUUGAAUUUGAGGGAUGAAGCUUCUAGAGUUAUGGUUGCAGCUCCUAUUCUGGCUUUUGUGACAACACACGUUUUGUACCUCAACUUUUAUGAACUUGACAAAGGCCUCAACAUGAAGGUGUGUACUGCUAUUAGCAUAUCUCAGUUUCUCCUGUGGGCAUUGUGGGCUGUCAUGGCUAGGCAUCCGUCACGCAUGAAGAUCAUAUUUGUAGCUAUUGGGGGCAUCGUUUCAGUAUUUCUGGAAGCUUAUGACAUCCCUCCACAAUGGGGGUACGUGGAUGGCCGUGUAAUCUGCCUUGCUGUGGCUAUUCCCCUGUCGUACCUUUGGUGGAGCUUCGCCAAGGAAGAUGCUGAGGUGCGCACAUCAGCAAUCAUGAAGAAGACACGAUAACGCCUGGUAGGGCAAAUACCAUCUGCCGUUUGUGUGAUAAUCUAUGCCUUCACUGCCCCAGCCCUUGUAAAGAUGAAGGUUUUCAUGUAAUUUUAGGCAACUUAGUAUGUGAAUUAUCGCCCUUUUUUCCACAAUGUUUCUUGCCUUAGUUCAAAAGGCCAUAUGGUUUAAGUGGCCACUUAUAUUCUUUAAUUUUUGUAAGGCAACUGAACACUUGGUAGGUCGUGCUGUCAUUUCUUAUAGA